AUGGGCAACGUGAACACCGAACCCAGUGACUCUCACGGCUAUUCGGCCGCACCUCCCUACCCGUCGCAUUUUGAGUCCGAUCGUACCAAUAUGCCACAGCCUCAGAUGCCGACCGCAUCGCCGGCCCCGAACAUGGAGCCAUAUACCCAGUCCCCGUAUGCGCAAAGCACGGAGAAUCUUAACGACGCCGUCAGCUCCGCGGUCCACAAUAAUGUCUCUACACCGUCCUACCUAUCUCCCGAUGUUCUGUCGCAGAUCACAGCGACUGUUAUCCAGCAGCUGAAAGCGUCCGGUCUGGAUAGCAUCCAAGGAUCCGCCCCGGCUUCUGUUCCCCCUCCACGAUCGCAGUCGCAGCAGCCCCCAUAUUCAGCGACGGAGUACCCAUCCCGACCACACUCCGAAUCCCCACCAACUGCGCAAAGAAGUGGAUCAGUACCUACGCCAAAUCCCAUGUCGAACAGCUAUGAUCCCUCGACAUAUCCAAUCCCCUCGGGUGACUCUCGACCAAACCCUAAGCAGACUCCAGAUACCUUUUCUCGCAGACAUGAUUCGAUUUCCAGUCAUGGUAGUCACAAAGCGGAUGUCACCCGCCCCAAGCCCCCAUCACGAGAUGCGACGGCUAUGGAAAUGACUACACUGGAGAGGAUUUGGGGGAAGCUGUUCGAGGAUGGAAAGCCGACUGAGAGGCUUGGUCAGUUUUUGCGCGGAAUUGCAAUGCACUUGAUUGAGGAUUACCCGCCCAGCAACACUCUUGUCAUUGUCCCAGACAAGCUGCAGAAGUUCUAUGCGGAUACAAGCGUGUCCUGGGAUCCUUAUCCAUGGCAAGAUAUUUUCGAUGACCGCACGUCCUCGAUCUCCAGACUCUUCCGUGAUGUAAAAGCGCAGCAUCACCUCGUUCAAACGGAAGAUCUCAAAGAGCGACCGGAUAUUCCGGGCUUGACUCCCAAAGGAUUCGAGAUAUGGGUCACUUUAAUGAUCCAAGCGAAUCCGGACCGUGAAUAUGAGCGGUUACAAAAGGCAGUGCUGAAUAUGCCAAUCAGCAAUCCGGACGAUAAGAAAGAACGGUUUCCCAAGGAAAUUCCACGCCGACUCUUCCCCGAAGUUGCGGAUAUCAGGUUGAGAGAGGAAGUUGAGGAGCACAUCAUGAAACACUGCGGCGUCGACCUCCCACGUAUCACCGAAGAGGAGCGUUCCCAGGCGACACGCUCGAGGAUGUCGCCCGCCUCCGCUGCAUCGUCUACUGAACGGUCCCGGUCAUACGAGCGAGGACGACCACCGCCAUCCGCCUCAUCAACAUCAGCCGUGAUCGACGAUGAGGACGAACCAAUCCCUCCAGCUCCCAUUGAGCGCGAAAGAAAGCCAUAUAGUGCUCAACCUGGUGGUGGCAAGAAGUACGAUGGGCCGGGCCACAAGAAAGAACCGAGCCACACUCGCAGCCAUACAGGGUCUUUCUCCACGAGCCGACCACCCGAUAUCCCAAGACCGUCGGACAACCUCGACCGAGAAUCACUAUAUGGCCGCUCUGGAUCUGGCCCUGCUCCUGCUCGUCGGUUUUCCAGGAGCUCGCGCAGCUCGUCACGGGGCAUGGGCCACGAAUACAGGCACUCGGAAGGUGAUCUGUUGGAUCGUGAACGUGUCCCCAGAUACAACGGGGUGUCUGCACAAGAUUUGUAUAUGGAGUCCCCGACUUCUAUGUUACCCGAGGAGGAUAGUCGGAGGUACAGAGACCAAAAACCACACCGGGGUAGCCGGGCCCCCGAGGACGAGUACUACCGCGGUAUGUUGGGUGGACAAGGUGGUGGCUCCAAGUAUUAUCACUGA